AUGACUGAAACUAUUUCGUCAAGUCCCUCCAAAGUCGACUCCAUUCUCGUGGUCGGCGCAGGAGAAUUCGGCCUCAGCCUUGCCCUUGAGCUAAGACAGAGAGGCUACGAGAGCGUCACAGUCCUCGACCGAUUCUUCCCACCAGUCCCCGACGGCAGCAGCGUUGAUGUCUCUCGCAUCGUCCGCAGCGAUGACGGAGACGCGCCUCUGAAGAAGCUCUACCCUUCAAUCCAGGCGGAUUUCUCUGGCAAGCCAGCUCUCCAUCAUCGCCAGGGAGGCUGGGCUGAUGCUGGAGCCAGCAUUUCCGAGCUUGCAAAGCGCUGCUCCUUUGAAGGGGUCGCUUUCCAGACGGGUCUCCGCGGUACCGUCACGUCACUUGUCACUCCAGAGGAUCCUGACGGCUCAAUCGGCGUGAAGGUCGCGACAGGAGACGUUCUUCGAGCCCGCCGUGUCGUCCUCGCUACAGGCGCCUGGACCAACCGUCUCCUAGAUGCUGAACACGCCUUGUCUGCAUCGGGCCAGUCCGUGGCAUUCGUGCAGUUGACAGACUCGGAGGCUGCGGAGCUAAAGGACUGCCCCGUCAUGAUAGACUUCGAGACUGGUGUUUUCUGCUUUCCGCCAUAUCCUGGAACCAACCUGCUGAAGCUCGCGUGGCACUCCUACGGGGUCGCUACAGAGGUCGAAGCUGGAAAUGACAAUGACACAACAAGGCACCUAAAUAGACGCACAAUCUCCGCGCCCAAGCUGUAUGGACGCAACGACAACUCGGGCUUCAUACCGGAAGAUGCGGACCUCAGUCUGCGCAGGGGACUCAAGCUGUUUUCCCCGAAGCUUAGGGACAGGCCAUAG